GGCCGGCGGCUCGGGAUGGCGGCGCAGCGGCUGGGCAAGCGCGUGCUGAGCAAGCUGCAGUCCCCGUCGCGGGCCCGCGGGCCGGGGGGCAGCCCCGGGGGGCUCCAGAAGCGCCACGCGCGCGUCACCGUCAAGUACGACCGGCGGGAGCUUCAGCGGCGGCUGGACGUGGAGAAGUGGAUAGACGGGCGCCUGGAGGAGCUGUACCGCGGCAGGGAGGCGGAUAUGCCUGAUGAGGUCAACAUUGAUGAGCUGCUGGAGCUGGAGAGUGAAGAGGAGCGAAGCCGGAAGAUCCAGGGGCUCCUGACGUCAUGCACGGACCCCACAGAGGACUUCGUCCAGGAGCUGCUGGCCAAGCUGCGAGGCCUCCACAAGCAGCCAGGCCUCCGCCAGCCCAGCCCCUCCGACGACGGCAGCUCGAGCCCCCGAUAGGACCGGGCUGGACUGCACCCCCUGACCGCUGUGGCCUCUCUGAACCCCGGCUGUCCCCCGCCCCCGGCCUGUGUACGUGUUGUAUUUAACGGUUUGUAACAGUGA